UUAAGUAAUAAAAACAGACUGAGAAGAAAAUUAUAGUGCCAUUAAUUAAUAGUUUUCAUUGUUUGUAUUAAUAAGGAUAUCAGCUAUAAUAAUGUCAAGUUUUCAAAUUGAACCGAAUUCAUAUAUUGACAAUAAUAGUCAAACAUAUUUUAUUGCUGAAAUUGGACAAAAUCAUCAAGGAAAUGUUGAACUUGCAAAAAAAUUAAUUUUAGCUGCUAAGAAAAGUGGUGCAAAUUGUGUGAAAUUUCAAAAAAGUGAUUUAAAUAUGAAAUUUACUCAAAAAGCGUUAGAGCGUCCUUAUAAAAAUAAGAAUUCUUGGGGUAAUACAUAUGGCGAACAUAAACAACAUUUAGAAUUUACAAUUGAUGAGUAUUUGGAAUUGAUCGAGUAUGCAAAAUCACUUAAUAUUCCAUUAACUGCAUCUGCAAUGGACAUUAAUUCUGUAGAUAUAUUAUGUGAUCAAUUAAAUGUACCUUUUUUGAAAAUUGGAUCAGGAGAUGCAAAUAAUUUUCCAUUAAUUGAGCAUGCAGCGAAAAAAAAUGUUCCAUUAGUUAUAUCUACAGGUAUGCAAAAUAUAGAAACUGUACAAAAAAUUUACGAAAUUGUCACAAACUAUCAUAAAAAUUUCGUAUUAAUGCAUUGUGUCUCAGCAUAUCCAUUACCAGCUGAAGAUAUUAAUCUAAAAGUUAUUCAAUUAUAUCAAAAAAUGUUCCCUGAUAUAUUAAUCGGUUACUCAGGACACGAAUUGAACAGUGAUUGUACGAUUGCAGCAGUGACUUUAGGUGCUAAGAUUAUUGAACGACAUUUUACUUUAAAUCAUUUUCAAAAUGGAUCGGAUCAUCAGUGUUCGCUAACGCCAACAACAUUUUCAAAAAUGGUAUCACGUGUUAGGAAUUUAGAAACUAUGUUAGGUAUUUCAAAGAAAUCCUUUCAAAUAUCUGAAUUAUCAUGCGCACAUAAACUUGGUAAAAGUAUUGUUAUGAAAAGAUCUCAAUCACAGGGUCAUAUAUUAAAUGAAGAUGAUUUAGUGAUUAAAGUAUCAGAACCUCUAGGUAUUAAUGGUUGUGAAUUAUAUAAUAUAAUUGGUAAACAAUUAAAAAUUGAUUUAAAUGCAGAUUCUGUUGUAUUAUUGGAGUAUUUAAAAUGA